AUGACUAGUGCAAUCCAAUUCAACAAGGCAAGCUUCUUGAGUUGGCUUGUCAAGGGAGAUGGUGAUGAAGAUAAGGAACAGCAGGUGUGCGGACUUCCCACAGCUGAGCCGCGAAGAGUGAGAGAGCACACCACAACAGUUUCACCACAAGCUUUUGCUGUGGUCAGCCGCAGUUUGUACAAUAAGGACAUGCUCUUGUUCCAGGGCGACAUCAUGCUGCAAGGCUCUCUGGUCCGAUGGCGGCAUAGAAAAAUCAGCCAGGCGCCGCCUGCUGCGGCGACACAGCAGAUGCGAUCAUCGACAUCUCUGCAGGCAUCCGCCAGCAAUCUCUUCAAAAGCAAGGGCCGCGAGCGAAGAGAUAUGAGGCGCACGAACAGUUUUGCAGCUUCGAGAGAGAGAUGUUCGAUCUCAAGUAGCGCGAAAGCAAAAGAUAGAGCCAGGCCCGGCCAGCCCAGGCUUCCCAAGCGAGCCUCUGCUCCAGCACUGGAGACACAGAAUAUCAGCGAGCCAGCGAAGGAAGAGAGCCUUGAGAAGGAAGAGAAGCAGCCGGAGGCGUCGGAUGAUGCGCAGCCAGAGCCUGAUGAUUCUGUGCAGCUGAGUGGAUUUACUGGCGGCAGUGCAAGCUUGAACGGCACUUUCGUGCCCGACGGAAACACCGUGAACGGCAAGCAGGUUUACAGCCAGAGCCAGGGAGAUGCGGGCCUCGAGUGCAUGUGGUACCACAACGGUGCCUGGCGCAUCGGAUCCUACAACUGGUUCAAUAGCAAAGAGCUAGGCCGCUGCCACGCUUACGUGAAGACCAGCGCGCAGGAUCUAGGUGACAUUGCACCUUCCGAGACCUGGAUGAGCUGCAUGGGAACGGCGGGUGGAGAUCCAGAUGUGGAUAAAGGCCUCUUCCAGCCACAGAUGAGUGCGAAAGCUGCGAAGCUGGCACUUGACAGCCUCACAAGACGUUCGACAAGCAAGAAGACGUCGCAGGUGCCGGUGGGUGGCAGCACUCGGCUGGCGAACAUUCUUGCUGACCAGUCUUGGCGACAUGACUUCGAGCUACCCCCGAUGACUCCUCCGAGCAAGGAAAGGGCCCAGUGGCGCUCGCAGGGCAGUAACGAGGAGGUGGCGAACUCCGAGGCAGCUGACCUGCCCGAGAAGCCGGCAAGUGACAGCUAG